AUGCCGAUUGUACUUAUUCAAUUGAAGGUAGUGCAAGGCGUCGCAUCAAUUUCAACGUCAACCGCAUACGGAGCGAUUGGUCAACUGCAGUAUCUGUUCACUCAAUCAAAUAUGUCUCGAUAUGUGGCUGAUCGUGCUGAUGCAGUGGUGCAAGCGAUUGUAACACAAACUUCCUUGAUUCGAAGUAGACAUCUGAAUGAUAUGAACGGACUGGAUGAGCUCAGUGAGCUCGUUAGGAUUAUCUGCAACUUCAUCAGUGUGGUGCGUUCUUUUCGCAUACUUUAUAAGAUUCACCAUGAUACUUAUUGA